GCACUCACAGAAACCUAUUAUUCCCAGUUAGGAAAGGACAAUCCCAAUCAGUGUCAGUGAAUACAUGCGCUGCACGGUACCCGGAAGAACAAGGAAUCAGCGCGUCUUCUGCAAAGGAAGUAGUCGCUCGCCAUCUUGGUACACCCUGAAGCAUUGCUACCCGUUGCAUCGUACCCGGAAGUUCGCAUGUCCUGCUGCUUCCCGUGUGUCCUUGAGUCGUAGAGCGGCAACAUGUUUCUGACCUGUAUUAACUUCGCAAAGAGCAAAUCAAAGACGAUCCUGGUGCAGAUGAUGAGCGCCUCCGGAAGUGGCUAUCGCUUUAAUACACGCAGAAGCCGACUGAAGGACAAGCUCAUCCUGAGGAAGUAUGAUCCUUUUGUCAAACAACAUGUUCUGUUUUUUGAGAAGAAGAAAAUCCGCUCCAUUUAAACAACAAGCACUAAAGUGGCUGAUGAGAAAUGGACUCUUGGGAACCUUCCUGCGGCACGUGCCGGAAUCAGGAAACGGACUCGUCUGAGGACCCGUCAUGUGCCAUUCAUUGUUACAGAACACAAUACAGAGGACAAGAGCCCAAAAUUGCAAGCCUGGAUCCUUACAGACUUACUUAUCCCAUGGAAUGUUGUGUCUGAUUAUAGAUACAAUGUGCAGUGUGAUCCGGGGAUUCUCCAAUAAAGUUUUGACUGCAAA